CUGGUGACGUAUUCAGGAAGCGCCGCAGCGUGGGAAGGUUCUUGUUAGAACGCUGCUGCCAUGAACUUCUUAGCGUUCGUGCCGGUUUUGGGGUUGUGUUGGGGAUUUGCUUGUAGUGUAGCCCAUGAAGCAGAGUGCGAAGUGUGUACAGACUAUUUAGACAGAUUUUACCACUCAUUACUAGAAAAAAAUGCAGAUUUUACACCAGCAGCCAUAGAGAAAGAGCUCACUGAAGUCUGCAGAAAAUCUACUGGAAAGGAGAACCGUCUGUGCUAUUAUUUAGGGGCCACCAGUGAUGCAGCUACUAAAAUUCUGGGUGAAGUUACACGUCCUAUGAGUGCUCAUGUGCCGACCUACAAAAUCUGUGAGAAACUACGAAAGAUUGAUAUGCAGAUAUGUGAGCUAAAAUAUGAAAAGAAAUUAGAUCUGGAAACUAUGGAUAUCUCCAAAAUGAAAGUGGCAGAUCUCAAGAAGAUACUCAACAACUGGGGAGAAACAUGCAGAGCAUGCAUAGAGAAAACAGACUUUGUGGAACUCAUAAAGGAGCUGGCUCCAAAAUAUAAAUAAAAAGCCAGAAUUCAACCUUA